AUGCUUUUUGAUAAGGUACUUGUUGCGUCCCUAUUGGGAUUCGCAGCAAGCUCAUCAGCAGCUACUAUUGUAGCCAUCGAUGAAGUCCCUCUGAUUGGACCAGCCUUCAUUUCCAAUUUCGAUCCAUCAAACUCAACUGCCAUACAUACUGCAAAAUCCAAGUUUCCUCGUCUAAUUGAGAAUCUCUUCUCCAAAGGAACCCUCAAUAAGACAGACUUGGCCUUUUCAGUGGAUGUGUUCUCGGCGGCAACCAACAAAUCUAUCUACUCCUAUUCGCACGUCGGAAAGGAUGCCAAUCACACUUUGACUGCUGGGGUCCUCAAUGACAAGACGAUAGCGCGCAUUGGAAGCGUCACCAAGCUCUUCACGGCUUAUGCCCUCAUCGCGAAGGGAGGAAUGGAAGUCUUGAGCCAGCCAGUGACCAAGUUCCUUCCGGAACUGGCUGGUAACUCUUCUGAUGAUCGGUUGUUGAGGCUCAGAUGGGAAGAUAUCACCGUCGGCGCAUUGGCAGCUCAGCAGGCUGGUACUGGAGGACCGGGUGAUUUUUUUUCAAAAUACUACAAACCCGAUGAUCCAUCGAACUACACAGUGAAAGAUUUCCUAAACUUCAUGCGCGACGAUAAACGACCUGUGAUCUCCCCAUUCCGCAAUGCCAUCUACUCCGAUGCCGGAUAUACUGUUCUAGGACAAGUCGUCGCUCGACUAGCAGGCAAGAAGACAUACUCCGAAGCAAUCCGCGACAUUCUGUUCAAGCCAUUGAGCCUGGAUAAUAUGUCGACAAAGGCCCCCAAGGGAUCUGGAUUGAAUGCAAUCGACCGGUCAAGAAUCGACAAAAGUUCAUCUUGGGGUCUUGAUCUGGAAGUUGUGGCAUCAUCUGGCGGUAUUUAUGCGAAUGGUGCAGACCUUCGAGCAGCAGGUCUAUCCAUCCUCAACUCCGAACUACUCUCACCCGCCAACACAUCCGAGUGGAUGAAGCCUCGCAGUGGUACCGGCACUCUAGUCGAACUUGUAGGAGCACCAUGGGAAAUCUCUCGUCUGGAGAUCCCCGUUUCCCCCGGCUCGAACCGGACUCGAAUCUCCGAUCUCUAUACAAAGGCUGGUGGUAACAAGGACUACACCACCAUCUUUGCCCUUUCUCCAGAUCAUGGUAUUGGCUUUUCGAUCCUCAUCGCUGGGGACACUGCCACGCCUGCCCGAUGGCCUCUCCGGGAUACAGUUGGUCAAACGUUUAUCCCCGCUGCCGAGCAUGCAGCCUGGGAGAAUGCCAAACGAAAUCUUGCGGGAACCUUCGUCGAUAAGUCCACGCCUGGUACCAACCUGACAUUGACGGUUGACAAGGGCCGCCCUGGUCUUGGACUGGGCGCUUUCUGGGUGAAAGGCCAGAAUGGCCGUGAUAACCCUCACUGGCGCCUCUAUCCAACUGGUCUUAACUCCAUCUCGCGCUCGUUGUCAGCACUCUACAGGAGCCAAGGAAAGAUGCGUGUGGCUCACCGCAUGGCAGAGCCAGAGCCUCCAAUGAAGCCCCGUGCUGCUGUUGAAGGAGGAAAGGGAGGUUUAUUUGAUAACUCGUUCACGUGGAUGAACAUUGACUUUGCGGGUCCGGCUGAUGAGUUUAUUUUUGAUCUUGUCGAUGGGCGACUCGUCAGUGUUGAGCUCCCGGUGACUGGUAUGGUCCUGCAUCGAGUUGAAUAA